UCCCCCAGCGAUAUCGCGGACGCUAAGACCUGUCCCCGUCUAACCCCAUUGCGACGAGCACAGCCACAGCGGCGACGAAGAAAGAAUAUUUGCAAUUAGAUAAAUCUCGGUAAAAUAAUUCCCGGAAACGAGACAAAAAUAGAAAAGAAUUAAAGCAGCGUGAGAGAGAACCCAGAAGCGGAAGGAGAAAUCAUUAAAAGAAUUCGUUGCAGAGGAGGUAGGGAGGAAAAGGAGGCGGCUCCCCGUCUCUUUUAUAUCCAGAGGAAUCCGUCUCGGCUGGGUUCGGGCGGCGUCUGAGGUGCAGGGUUCCCGCUCCGCUCGCCCGGCGGCCGGUUCGCCGCGCUCCUGAUCGAGCCAGAAGCUUCUGCUUAGUUCCUAACAGAAACUUCUGAGAGACUGAUUGUUGUGUGAUUGUAAAGUUCUAUCUGUGGAGGGGAUUGGAGUACGAUUACGACAUGGAUGAUCCCGCCGAUGACAUGAUCGACGAGCAUCAGGAGCGAGGGAUUAGGGAUUCCGAUUCGGAGGAUGAUGAUUAUGGCCAGUUGCAUGAUAAGAUCCCAGAUACUUCGUCAGCAGAUGCGAGGAAAGGAAAAGACAUUCAAGGAAUACCCUGGGAGAGGCUAGCUAUAACACGUGAAAAAUACAGACAGACCAGAUUAGAACAGUACAAAAAUUAUGAGAAUGUACCUAAUUCUGGAGAAGAAGCAAUAAAGGAUUGCAAACCAACAGAGAAAGGUGGAAUGUAUUAUGAAUUCAGACAAAAUACUAGAUCAGUAAAAUCAACGAUCCUACAUUUCCAGCUGAGAAAUUUGGUAUGGGCUACAUCCAAGCAUGACGUCUACUUGAUGUCGCAUUACUCGGUUCUUCACUGGUCAGCAUUGAGUGGUGUGGAUACUGAACUUAUGAAUGUCCAAGGACAUGUGGCACCAAGGGAGAAGCACCCAGGUAGUUUAUUAGAGGGUUUUUCUCAGACUCAAGUUAGUACCUUGGCGGUCAAGGACAAUUUGCUGGUAGCUGGUGGUUUUCAAGGAGAGCUAAUCUGCAAACACCUUGAUCGGGAAGGAAUAAGUUUUUGCUGUCGAACAACAUAUGAUGAUAAUGCUAUUACCAAUGCGGUUGAGAUAUUCAAUACUUCCAGUGGCGCCGUUCACUUCAUAGCAUCGAAUAACGACUCUGGUGUAAGGGACUAUGACAUGGAAAGAUUCCAACUCUGCAAGCAUUUUCAGUUUGAAUGGCCAGUGAAUCAUACUUCAUUGAGUCCUGACAGAAAGGUGGUGGUUAUCGUGGGGGACGACCCUGAUGGUCUACUUAUCGAUGCCAAUUCAGGAAAGACUCUUCAUUCCAUGAAAGGUCAUCGGGAUUACUCAUUCGCAUCAGCUUGGAGCCCUGACGGGCAAACAUUUGCUACUGGCAACCAAGACAAGACAUGCCGAAUUUGGGAUAUGCGGAAUCUUUCUAAAUCUGUCCAUGUUUUGAGGGGUAAUCUUGGAGCCAUACGGUCGAUCCGCUUCACCUCAGAUGGCCAGUUCAUGUCAAUGGCAGAACCAGCUGACUUUGUGCACAUCUACGACGUGAAGAGUGACUACAACAGAAGGCAAGAGCUGGACUUCUUUGGCGAGAUAUCUGGCACGUCUUUUAGUCCAGACACCGACACGCUCUUUGUCGGGGUGUGGGAUAGAACAUAUGGCAGCCUGCUUCAGUUUGGCCGCCUGUACAACUACUCUUAUCUUGACUCCCUGUUUUGACGUGGAACCAAACGGGUGUUGGGCCUGAUGUACCUCAGCUGCUCUGAAUCUUGGCAGCAUAAAUUUAGGUGGUAUCCUUAAAUCAGAAUGUUAAGUUGACCUGUUAAUUAAAUUAUUAAAUCUUGUACCCUGCUCGAUGUGUAUAUAAAGAAAUGUACAGAUGCCUAUGUAGCCUUCAUGGUGAUAAGGCGCAGAUCA